AUGAUCGCCCAACUCGCCAAGUUCGCUGCUCUCUGCGCCGUCGCACUCUCCGUGCAGGCAACACCCAUCUCGUUUGUGCCCUCGGACGAGGGCAACAUCUUCUGGAGCCCCGAUAUCACCUCACCCGGCCUCCUCAGCGUGUGGACCAUUGGCGCGAACGAGACCGUCACCUGGGACCCGUCGAAGGUGCCCCAGUCGAAUAUCAACGACACCGGCCUCCUCCUGCUCGGCUACCAGGAGAACGGCAGCGAGAACCUGGAUAUCUCGACCCCGCUCGCCACUGGCUUCCCCAUCUCGGCCGGCCAGGUCUCCCUCACCGUGCCCAACGUCACCGAGCGUCACGACUACAUCGUUGUGUUGUUCGGUGACUCCGGCAACGCGUCCCCCAUCUUCACCAUCAAGCAGUAA